AUGUCAAAAUUCGACCCUUACCAACACCUUAACAUCUCCCUCAACCCCGACGGGUCGGUCACUCGCCUUCUCAACAUUCCAGCCGUUCCACCUACCGGCGAUGUCGACCCUCUUCCCGGCCAAACCGUCAUCAGCAAAGAUGUCAUACUCAACGCCAACAAUAAAACCUUCAUCCGAAUUUUCCGACCGACCAAACUGCCCUCAAAUGAUAACUCCGUCGCUCGGCUUCCGAUCUUAAUCUCCUUCCACGGCGGCGGAUGGAUUUACUUCAGUGUCACCGAUUUCAUGGUCCAUGAGAACUACAGCCAACUCUCCUGUGAAGUGCCAGCCAUAGUCAUCGCUGUCGAAUACCGUCUUGCACCAGAAAAUCGUCUUCCGGCGCAGUACGACGACGCCAUUGAUGCCAUUAACUGGGUUACACAACAAGCUUUGGACCCAAAUGGUGACCAAUGGCUCAGAGAUUAUGCAGAUUUCUCAAGAUGUUACCUAUAUGGAACCAGUUGUGGAGCCAAUAUUGCCUUCAACACUGCAUUAAAAAUCCAAGAUCUCAAACUAGACCCAGUUAGAAUUUCUGGUCUUAUUCUAAACCAACCAUUUUUCGGAGGCAAACAACGAACAAAAUCGGAGUUAAAGCUUGCAACAGAUCAGUAUUUUCCUUUGCCAGCCAUUGAUGUUCUGUGGGAGCUUGCAUUGCCGCCGGGGACUGAUAGAGACCAUAGAUUCUGUAAUCCGAUGUUGGAUGGUGCAAACAAAGAGAAGAUCAGACAUCUGGGGAGGUGUUUGGUGAUUGGGUUCGGCGGCGAUCCUCUGAUUGAUCGGCAACAAGAUUUUGUUCAGAUGUUGGUUCUUGAGGGAGUGAUGGUUGAAGCUCGGUUUGAUGAUGUUGGGUUUCAUAUGAUCGAUAUGAUUGACACUAGGAGAGCCGCUGCCAUUAUGGCUUUUAUUAAAGACUUCGUUUGA